AUGCAGGCUGUCUCAUACGAACAGCAUGCGGCUCCUGGGGCGUCGCCUGCCUAUACCGACUAUCGCUCGCCUCAAGAGCCUUCCCCCAGGAGUUCGGUGCCCAAGAACGUCGCCUUUGAGCUGCUACUCGAUGAGAAUUCCAAGGUGCGGGCUCGCAUACCUAUGCGAGUGCAAAUCUACCCUCAUGAUACCACGGAUUCCAUUGUGACUACUGUCAAGAAUUUUUAUGGGAUCUACGAUACUACUGCUAGUGGGGUUAGCUUUGAGGAUGAGCAGGGUAUCACCCUCAUUGCCAGGUAUGAAAACCUCCGAAAUAACAUGACUGUAUACGUGCGAGUCAUUCCCGUGCAAGCCUAUACCGAAGGUUACGGGGACCGCUUCUAUGGGCACCUUCCUAUGGAUGCUCGCAAGCGUCCCAGUUUGGGAGAGCCUUUCCAGAUGGCGCCGGCAAUGCAGGCGGCGCACAUCUUGGAGCAUGGACAGCCACCUUCACGGCCCGCCUCCCGGCUCGCUCGGAAGCGCAGCAUGUCGCCGUCCGGGCGCAGCCGUCGCAGCGCAUCCCAGCACAAACAGUCGUCGCGCGGGGGCAACAAGAGCAGAGGCUCCAGCACGCAUGGCAGCUUCAUGGAGGAUGGAGGCUAUAGCGACAGCGAAGCCGGCUACGGAUCUGUCUCGGGCGCAAGGAAGCCUCGUAGUGAGCAACUGGGUAGCUCAGACAUUAGCAUGGAGAACAUCCUUCAAGAUGGUCGCAGAAAGCGGCCCAAGUUCGAAAGCUCGGAAUUGCCGCUGUUCGCUCCCCCUCAGGUGCCUCUCACUACUUCCACCUCUUCCAUCUCCCCUCAGCGCCGGUCGAUCGGCCAAGAAGGAGCCGUCUCACCUUUUGCCCGCCCCACUCAGCGGCCCUAUAACUCGCAACAACCCCUUCUUCCUUCCCCUCAGAGCUAUGGACAUAAUGAGCAAGCAUACAGCCUGCAUCAUGGUCAAAAUUCGGUCUAUGCCACGCCGGUGGUUCCGGACCACGGACAUCGCUUGCGCGACCGGGCCACCACACAAUCGUCGGGGCAGUACAGUAAUUCGGCUGGUCGUAACGCGGCUCCAGGGGUCCUCCCCACCCCCGACCCGACCAUUGCGAGCUGCAUCUCUGAUGAGGAUGUGGCUAUGCAGCUGAUUCGUCUGGGGGAUGCUUCUAAUUUCUCGCACGGUCGUACGUCCGCCUCCACCCUGGACGAUGCCUUCAGCGGUGCUGCGGAUGCCGCCUCCUCGACCGGCGCCACCAGCGACGGUGACGAGUACAGCGAGGAUGACGAUGAUGAUCUACCCAUUCGAACCAAGCAGAGGCUGGACUCCAGCCCAAUGCUGCCCCCGGGUGCCAUGAAGCGCACCCACAAGCGGUUGGAUGACAUUCUGCCGAGUUUCGACAGUUCGGAUGGUAGUUACGACGGCUACGAUGAUGAGUAUCACCAAGAGGAACAUCAUGACCACACUAUCAAGCAUGAGAUGGAUGAUGACUCCCUUUACCACGAGUCUGUUCCCAAAUCUAAGAAGGCGAAGGUCCGCGCCGGCAGCACGGUCUCGACCAAGGCCCGUGGAUCCAAGUCGGCACCAGGGCGCCCGAACAAGACAAGCAAGGCGACCACCAAUGGUGCAGUGCGCAAGGCUAAGCCGAUGCCCGCGGUGACUACCCAGAAAGCAGCGGUGUCCCCGGUCCUAGCCAGCCCGGCGCCCGUUCGCAAGAGCUCGACCUCGUCCGUGACCCUCCAACACCAACACCCCCAUCCACUCGCUGCCGACGAGGAGGACCUAUCCACCAAGCCGCGUUGCCAGCGAUGCCGCAAGAGCAAGAAAGGCUGCGAUCGGCAACGCCCUUGCGGCCGCUGCAAGGAUGCUGGAAUUGGCCUUGAUGGCUGCAUCAGUGAAGACGAAGGCAACGGUCGCAAAGGCCGGUACGGUCGUCACAUGGGGGUCCCUGUCAAGAAAACGGUUGACUCGCCUACCAAUGGUGCCGAAGCGCAACCUCUGGUGGCUGCUGCCGCGCCAAUGGUCUCGUCGUCAUCGUCAUCGUCUGUCGUUGCCGACAAGAAUAAGAAACGCAAGCGCUAG